AUGCGUGACAAGUACGAGGGGCUGCUGUUCCUCGUCGCCAACGCGCAGCAGCGCGCUGCAGAGUUCUCCGACGCGUUUCGGGAGCUGUCCUCGUUUGUGGCGGGCGCGUUUGGCGCUAUAGAGGACGGGAACGUGGGCGAGGUGUUUCAGCAUGUGGCUGUGGUAGAGGACCGCAUCGGACAGCUCUUCCAUUACUAUGCCAUGCAUCUAGCACAGGCCAUAGCAGAGCCAACGGAGUCCCUGCUCGUUGAGAUCAACCAAGUGGAGGAGACAAGGAAGCUGUAUGAGGCAAAGAGGCGCACACAUGCAGAAGCCAGAGCAGCAGCACGCACCCACGAACUCGGAGUUCCCAUUCUCUUGGCUCCCCUCACACACGUGUCUCUUCCCAACUCCCCCUCCUGUCGGCUCCCUCACACACGUGUCCCUUGCAGGCGCACAUAUGCAGAAGCCAGAGCAGCAGCACGCACCCACUUGCCAUCCCCUGCCACCACACGGCUAGGUUGCUCUGGAGUGGUGGGCGGGGGCGGGGGCGGGGGCGGGGGCGGGGGAGGGGGAGGGGGAGGCGGAGGGGGCGGGGGCGGAGCUAGUUCCGCAUCAGCAGCAAUAGCAGGCGGAGCAGGAGGGGGAGGAGGGGCGGCAGCAGUGGCAAGAGGAACAGCAGCAGUUGGCGAAGCAGACUGGGAAGGAGGGGCAGCGCGUGGCAGAGGCAGGCACGAGCCAGAGGAAGGCGAGAGGGAGGAGGACGAGGAAGAGGAGGAGAUGGGCGAAGAGGAACGAGCAGCCAAGGAGGAAUUCGAUGAAGUAGCAAUGACUCUCGGGUGUAGGAUACUCGCCUUAGAGCAGAGGCGACCUAGGGCGCUUCUCUCUCAGGUGGUGAGGCAUCACGUGGCAAAGAGCCGGCUGCUGAGACGGUCCCAGCUGCAGCUGGGGCAGCUGGAUGGGAUUAUGGGGUAUCUGGUGGAGGAGCUGGGGAUGGGGGGUGUGGCGCUGCUUACGUCUAUAGCUGGUUCUGCAAGAGUGGUGCAGCCUGCAUGGCAGCAGCAGCAGCAGCAGCAGCAGUAUGCAGGUCAGAGUCAACAGCAGCAGCAGCCGGUGCAACAGCAAGGGCAGCACCAGCAGCAACCACUAGGGCAGCAACAACAGCAACAGCAGCAGCAUAAGACGGCUGUAAGGCAGCAGCAGCAGCAAGGGCAGCAGCAGCAAGGGCAGCAGCAACAGCAGCAGCAGCAGCAGCAGCAGCAGCAGCAGCAGCAGCAGCAGCAGCAGCAGCAGCAAGGGCAGCAGCAGCAGAUGCUGCCACAGCAGGCAAGGAAACGGUUGCACCCUGGCUUUCCCCGAAGCAAGUCCUCUGAUAGCCCCCACGGCAGCAGCACUGUAACCGCUGCUGCUGGUAACCAGACCUCGGGUGCGACUCCCCAGCCACAACAGCUGCACCGGCAGCCACAGCAGCAGCAGCAGCAGCAGCAAGUGACGCAGCAUCACCAACAACAGCAGGCAAGACAGCAGCAACAGCAGCAGCAGCAGCAGCAGCAGCAUUCUCAUGGGCAGCAGCAAAGAGGGCAGCAGAUUCCUGCAGUGGCUGCAGCAGCAGCAGGGGGUGGAGGUGGGUUGAGGGGGAGAGCAGCACACGUGGGUCCCUUUGCCAUGCAAAUGUCUGGCCCGCUCCCUCGCCCCUCUGCUGUUGAACAGGCUGUAGCAGGAGCUUCUGCUGCCUGUGCUUCUGCUACAGCCGCUGCUGGUGCUACAGCCGUUCCCUCCGCCAGUCCUGCAGGCACUGGAGGAGGUUCGGCGGGUGGUCUGGCAGGUGGUUCGGCAGGUGGAGCAGGUGGAAGUGGGGGAGGGCGGUUCAGCUUUAGCUCUGCCAGCAGAGAAGGCCCAGCAAGUGGGUUGGCAGGAGGCUCUUCAGGUGGUUUGGCAGGGGGCUUUACAGCACCCGCCUUCUCAUCCAGCCUCCAACAGGCGUACAUUCUAGGAGCCAUACCCUCCCAACCUCCUAUGCCCACCCUAUCACCCAUGCCCUCUCAAUCACCCAUGCUCUCGCAACCUGCUACGCCCCUCACAGCUGCUCCUGUGUCUGGGUAUGCCUACGCUGGGGCAGCAGCAGGGGGAGCAGUGGGCGGCGGGGCAGGGUAUGGUAUGGAGCCUCAUCCUAGCUGGCAGGCUGGUGUGUCUGGAGCCGGUAUGAGGCCAACAGGGGUGGCAGCCGCAGCAGGAGCAGCAGGCCUAGCAGUCCCGACUGCAGUGUCGAUGGGACCUUCAACUGGAGUUUCAAUGGGCGUUCAAACAGGAGGACUGGGUGUGGGCCAAAGCUAUCCGUCCCACCCAGCUUAUGGUUUCAACACCAGCCCGAGCGGCGGAUUAGGGUUUGGGAGCAGUAGCAGCGGAUUAGGGUUUGGCGCCUCGCCUGUUUUCCAGGGUGGUUUACCCAGCAAGGCCCUGAGUGGACCCAUAGCCCGAAGCUCUUUCUACGGAGGCAGUGGUUUGCUCUCCUCAGCCAGCAUUCUAGGCCUGACCGGUGCCGGUGGCAGCGGGAGCAGCAGCAGCAGCGGCGGCGGCGGCAGCGGCGGUUUCAGCAGCAGCGGCACGGGGCACAUGCGGGGAGAGAGGCUGAUAAAAUCCGGCCCGAUUGGCCCGAGUAACAGCUAUUAUGCUGCUAUGGCUGCUCCUGCGCUCUCCCCGCCCAAGGUCACUGAGUUAUAUGCCCUCCCGCCUCCGCCGUUGGAGCUGAAUUCGUCUCCUAGUGGAGUGGUUUCCGGGGGUGGUGGGGGUGCCGGUGGUGGUGUGGGUAGCGGUGGGAGUGAGGGGAAAGCGAUGCUACGGUCCCCUGGUGCCAAGGAGGGUUCGUCUGUGGCAGCGGUGGCUGGUGGUGGGGGCAGUGGUGGUGGCGGAGCGGGUGGGGCAGCAUCAGACGUGAAAGCGGAGAGGCAGGAGAGAGAGGUGGUUUCAUCGUCGUUGUCAUCAACAGCAGGCCAGGUUCGGCAUGAGCAGCAGCAGCAGGGGGCUCAGACCCAGCCAGCCCAGCAGAGUCAACAGGGCAAGCAGCAGCAACAACAACCAUCCCCGCAGCCCCCCUCGCAACCACCACCCCAGCAGCAGCAGCAACAGCAUGCACGGCCGCAGCUUCCCCCGCUACAGCCGCAGCCACGGGUGCUGCCAGCCUGGCCCGUGCAGCCCAGGGGGGCGGGCAGAGGGGCGGGCUCACUGCGCCGCCCCAUGUUCCCCACGAUUAUGUCGGAGGGCAGCGAGGAGGGCGAGUCUGGAACAAGCAGCUUCACUGGCUCGCCGUCUCUGUGUUCCAUCGAUAGCCCUGUAGCUGCUGCACCUGAUGACCUCACCCUUCCCCGCACCCAGGGUGCCGCCUCUUCGUCCUCUUCCUCUUCCGCCGCCCAAUCCUCGGCGCCUACUUCAACUCUUCAGCCCAGGCAGCAUCAUCCAGACUGUGACUUGUAUCACGGCACGUGGCAACCAGACACAGAACCUCCGCUCUACACCAACAACACGUGUGCCGCCAUCUCGCGCCACCAGAACUGCCAGGGCAACGGGCGGCCGGACAGCGCGUACGAGCGGUGGCGGUGGCGGCCGGAGGGGCGGGAGGAGUGUGCGGCGCUGCCGCGGUUUGAUGCGGUGGAGUUCAUGCAUUUGAUGAGAGGGAAGAGCGUGCUGUUCGUGGGGGACUCUGUGGCGCGGAAUCACAUGGAAUCACUCAUUUGCCUGCUCAGUCAGGUGGAGACCCCCAACCUGCGAGGCAACAAGAACCUGAUCCGCAUGGUCUUCCCACGCGCCAAGGUCACCAUUGCCCGCAUCUGGUCCGCAUGGCUCAAACCAAAGGUGGAGACCCCCAACCUGCGAGGCAACAAGAACCUGAUCCGCAUGGUCUUCCCACGCGCCAAGGUCACCAUUGCGCGCAUCUGGUCCGCAUGGCUCGUCCACGAGUCCCCCGACCCUCCCCCCUCCGCGCUGCCCUCCGCCCCUGCGACCCUUCCGCGCCUGCACCUGGACAGGACGGGGGAGAAGUGGUGGGGGGGUAUAGAGCGGUACGAUGUGGUGGUGCUAUGCACUGGGCACUGGUUUGUCAAGCCGGCGUUGUUUGUGGUGCGGGGACGCGUGGUUGGGUCACAGGGCGGGUGGUGGGAGGCGCAUGGGAAGGAGGUGGAGGGAGGGGGAGGAGUGGGGAAUGGCGAGGAGACGAGUGCAGGAGCAGGAGGAGGAGGGGGAGCGGGAGCGGGAGGGGGAGGAGGAGAAACUGUCAAGGCGAACCCGAAGCAGCUGUUUGUCUUCCGAACCUACUCCCCGGACCACUACGAGGGCGGGCAGUGGAACACCGGAGGCUCGUGCGCAGGCCUGGCCGAGCCUCGUGGCAGCAACUACACUUAUACGAACUCGUACGGGAACGCGAUCUAUAACGAGCAGAAGGCAGCUUAUAGUGAGGCUAUGGAGGGACUGGGAGAUGAGUUAAAGUGGCGGUUUGGCCUGAUGGAUGUAAUGCCGAGUGCGGGGGUGAGAGUGGAUGGGCAUCCGGGGCCGUAUAGAGGGCUGAACAGUGUAGCCGAGCUGGAGAAGCGCAGGGAGGAGGAUAAGGAGGCCAGGUACCCUCCCCCUCAGGACUGCCUGCACUGGUGCCUGCCCGGGCCUGUGGACUCGUGGAAUGUGUUUCUGCUGCAGCUCGUGAAACGGCACAGGGUGAUGGGGCAGGCAGGGGCGUAG